CGACAAUCGAUUGGGUAUCCAAUUGGACUAACGCCUCUGUUGAUAUCGAGAAACUCUUUUAAUAUUGGGCAGCAGCGUCGUGUCGCGUCACACCUAUUUUUUAGUCGGCGAGAGCAGCAGUAGCGUACCGCGUAGCGUUUUGGACGGGAUUAGGAGCAGGAGCAGCUAGUAGCCAUCAUUCAGCAAUCAGCAGUGAGCAGUGAGCAGUGAACAGUGUGCAGCGGAAUUCAGAAUCCCGAAUUCCGAAUACCGAUUAACCAAAAUCCCGGAAUCAGGAGGCGCAGCAAUAAUAACGGGGCAGCAACAAUAACAAUCGCGAUUCAACUACGCACCGAUUAACGCCCGACCAACCGCCUGCCCUCCCCCGUCCUUGCCACCCCUACGCGCCCCCCUGGCCACCGACAACUCGACACCUCGCCCCCACGGCUCCCCCCCUUCGAGCACCCGCACUUUUGGCACCAACACAGAGGCACAGCGACACCAAAACACACUCACACACACACUUAUCAUCCGAGCGACAAAAAACCGACCGCAUUUAUCAUCCGCACAUCGCAAAUCGCACAUCGCAUUGUUUGCUAUUGUUGUCUGCUCCGUUUUGCACGCGAAGGAGCAGACAAAGAGGACGCGCCGAGGAGCAGGAGAAGUGGGAGACGACGGUGUGGGAGAGGAGUGGAGGAGGACAAAGGACCGGCUCCCAGGUAUAACCAUCAUCUAUGGGUCAAAAGGCGAGCACACCGGCGACCAGUGGCCAGCAGAGCCCACGCUCUAGGACAUUUUCAAGCAGUUCGACAGGAGCCGCCGAUCCCGCACAGCAAUCAUCGAACUCCGGGCAGAAUCGCGGUGGCAAUGACGCCACCGGCCAGGGUUUCAAUCUGCUGCGCACACUACCUGGCCUGCAGGUGUAUCACAACCAGAACUCCACGUCCAUUGACCGACAGCGGGCGCGGAGUCUAAGCUCUGUGCCCGAUAUCCAGCAGCAGGCGCAGCAGCAGCAACAGGGAUCGAUCACAUCGUCCGGCAGCAGUCCGCAUUCGCAUCCACAUGCCGCACAUGGACAUCCAACCGUUGGUGUCUCCGUCUCCGUGUCCGGCAAUGCCAAUGUGAACAGCAACAGCAGCUUCCCGGUGGCCGGGAACAACAAUGGAUCCGCCACACAGCCCUACAUGCAGCAAAGACGCACCCUCGGCGAUUCCAUAAGGGACAUGUCAAUGACCGGCGGCAAUAUCGCCGAGAGCAUCGCCCUGGCCGCUUCCGCCACGUCCGCCAAUGGGAUCGGUCGUGUCUACACGGCCACCUCGCUUCCAUCGCACAUUUGGUCCUUUAAUGGUAUCAAGUGCCCCGUUUGCAAUAAGUUUGUGUUGCCGGACGACAUUGAAUGCCAUUUAGUCAUGUGCCUAACGAAACCGCGACUUUCAUAUAACGAGGAUGUGUUGUCGGACGCCAAGGGCGAGUGCGUCAUCUGCCUUGAAGACCUGAGUCCUGGAGACACCAUCGCCCGUCUGCCAUGUCUCUGCAUAUAUCACAAAGGAUGCAUCGACCGUUGGUUUGAGGUGAAUCGCUCCUGUCCCGAGCAUCCUGGAGAUUAGUAAUCCUUGCCAGAGCUCGCCGAGUUGUUUGUGUGGUGCAUUAUGCAAGCGGGGUGGGGGUUAUGGAGCAGGAAUGGAACUGGAACUGGAACUGGCCAGCUGGAUGCGGUGCAAUGAAGGGUCUAAUCUCUGGGUUGGGACGGAUAUCCCAGGCCCAGUGACCAAACACAUAGCACCUGUUCAUCACCGCGACUAGCUGUAGCUAGACCACAAGGAGCGUAGAGCGUAGAGCGAAGAGCGUUUAGGAUAAGGGAUUGGGGGAGAGGCUAUGCCACAAAAUGCUGAUCUAAAGAAUCGAUCAUUUGACCUACCGACCGACCGACCGAUCGACUGCUGAUGGAACCCAAAAACACACACAAAUCAAUUGAAACAAAUAAAUUUACAAUGCUAAACUGGCAAAUUAAUAAUAAUAAUAAUAAAAAAAUACAAAAAUAAUGAUAAAGUUAAAUGAAAAAGAUAUAAGUAACGAAUCAACCAACCCACAAAAACUACAACAUGAAGAAACAACCAGAAGAUUUAGAUGAUGACGGAAGGAGUGUAAAGCGAAGCAACCAACCAACCAACAAAAGAAUGUCAACCAAUGUGAUGUUAAAUUUUAUAUUUUGUACUAUGGAUAAUGAUGUAAUUGUAAUUGUAAUGUAUAUGUAUGUAUUUAUUAUUUUAAACAGGACUAAAAUAGGAUAAACACAAGCGUAAGGAGAACACACACAAACACACACCACACACAGAAAAUAACAAUAACAAAUACUAUUAAUAAUUAUGCUAAAUUAGAAAACAAACGAAAAACGAAAGGCAAAGCAACCAAAAACAAAAAAAACAAAACAUUUAAUAAGAUUGAAAAGUAACGAAGAUAGAAAACGAUUCUCCCCCAUUUUUUGGUGUUCCUUAAGAUUUGUUUAACAAUCCUUAAUCGCUAUCAAUUUUUUUUGUGUUUAUCCAUUAGUUAUGGCUAGUUAUAUAUUUAAAUUAUUGUAAUUUUGUAUACCCAUGUUUGUUAUCAACAUUUUGUUUGUGUUUUUGUUUAAACAAAAAAAAAAAACAGUUUUUUAAAUUGACAGAAAUCGAAUGAGAAAUAUUUGAAAUAUUCGCCACUAUUUGUAAUUUGUCAAUGUGAAGUUCUGGUCAAACGAAAGCUGAAGACAAAUCUGAUUGUAAUUUUUUUUUUUUUUUAUUAUUUGUCGACAGCUUCGAAACGGCCAUAAAUCCGAUAUCCACAGAGACAAUCUAAGCUGGUUAUAAACGAUAAGCGAAUCAGAAUAUUAAGAAAAACCCAACUGAGUGCAGCUGCUGAUGUAUCGUUUACAAUUGGCUUUGGUCCUGUGAAGCUGUGCGUUUAUUAUCAUUAAUAUGAUUAUUGAUUACUGAUUAUUGUAUGUAAAAAUGACUACCCAUUAUGUUUACUAUCCUUGCUCAUCGAUAUAUAUCCGGAUCGCAGCGAAGAUUGCAUCGAUGAUCCGCCAAAGUUUCCUUAGCAACCGAAGCAGCCGAACAGCAGCGACGGCGGCAGCACGUAAGAACUAUUUUGUAAAUGAUAUACUUUAAUGUACUGUACAGAUAUACACCCCAUACACCAUGCAUAUAUAUAUAUAUAUAUAUAGAACGUUAUAUAUGUAUAUUAUAUAUAUAUAUAAAAUUGUAACUGUAUAACUAUAGCGUUGCAUUGAGCGAUUGAGGAUACAACUGAUUUCACUCCAAAAGUAAACGACAAAAUAAAAGCUAAAAAAAAUAAAAACUAAAAUCUAAAAAAAAAAACCUAAGAUUUGAAGGCAAAUUUCCAUAUUGGUUAUAUUUGAGAAAUGGUUUUUUGUAUCCCGAUGGCGAAAUUGGUAACUAAUCGAAAGAAAAAAACAGAAAAAUACAAAAAUAUUUGAACUUUUAUAACCAACCAAAGCGAAUAGAGCAAAUAAAAAACGAUUAGGCUAACAAUUGUCAAGUAAAACGGAGUAAAAAUCGAGAAGAACUUUAGAAAAUAAAUGAGUGAUUAUAUAUACCACAA